AUGACAUCUCACAUCAUCGUUGAAUUACAAACGAUAAACCCUAUAGUUCUAUGCUACUAAUAUUCAUGGAUAGCUUGUAACAAGGGCAAUGUUCUGCUUGAAUGAUCGAAACAUGAAACUAUCCAAACCCAUGACGCGCACCUUCAAUGCGUUUCUUCACACAGACCCUUCUUCCUCUUCCUCCAUUUUCCACCACCUCAAACCCCUCGCACUCUCCCCUACAAACAUCCACAAAGCCCAGAACAUCUUCAACCAAAUCCACCAACCCACCUUGCCCCUCUGGAACCUCAUGAUCCGCGGUUGGUCCCAAAGCGACAACCCCAUCGAAUCCCUUCGCACCUACAACCUCAUGUUCCACCAAGGCCUGGUUGGUGACAGCCACACCUACCCAUCUCUACUCAAAGCCUGUGCUCGAGUUUCUGAUGUUUCCUUCACUGCAAUGGCCCAUGCCCGUGUUUUGAAACUUGGGUUUGACUCCCUUUUAUUUGUAACUAAUGCUUUGAUUAAUGCCUAUGGUUGUUGCGGUGAAAUGGGUCUUGCCCGGAUGGUGUUUGAUGAAAUGCCUGAACGGGAUUUGGUCUCUUGGAAUUCGUUGAUUUGUGGGUAUCGUCAGGGGAAAAAGUUUAGGGAGGUUUUGGGUGUUUUUGAAGCGAUGCGGGCGGCUGGUGUGAAGGCUGAUGCUGUGACAUUGGUGAAGGUUGGUAUGGCUUGCUCUGUUUUGGGUGAGUGGGGUGUUGCUGAUGCCAUGGUUGAGUACAUUGAGGAAAAUGAGGUGGAUAUUGACGUUUACCUUGGGAAUACGCUGAUUGACAUGUAUGGGCGGCGUGGGAUGGUUGAUCUAGCUCGAGGAGUGUUUGAUAGGAUGCAUGACAGCAAUUUGGUUUCUUGGAAUGCCAUGAUCAUGGGUUAUGGGAAAGCUGGGAACUUGGUUGCUGCUCAUGAGCUGUUCGAUGCUAUGCCACAGAGGGAUGUGAUCUCAUGGACUAAUUUGAUCACAAGUUACUCUCAAGCAGGCCGUUUUUCAGAGGCAGUGAGGCUUUUUAAAGAAAUGAUGAAGGCUAAGGUGAAGCCAGAUGAAAAAACCGUUGCCAGCGUGCUCUCUGCGUGUGCUCAUAUUGGUUCGCUUGAUGUUGGGGAGGCUGUUCAUAACUAUAUAAGGAAAUAUGAUGUGAAAGCUGAUAUUUAUGUUGGAAAUGCCUUGAUAGAUAUGUAUUGCAAGUGUGGUGUGGUUGAGAAAGCAUUGGAGGUGUUUAAAGAGAUGAGGAAGAAGGACUCUGUGUCAUGGACUUCAGUGAUUGCAGGCCUUGCUGUGAAUGGUUUUGCAGAUUCCGCACUUGAUUAUUUUUCACAGAUGUUGAGGGAAGGUGUUAGGCCAUCUCAUGGAGCCUUUGUUGGAAUUUUGCUGGCUUGUGCUCAUGCUGGAUUGAUUGAUAAGGGGUUGGAAUAUUUUGAAAGUAUGGAAAAGGUUUAUGGACUGACUCCGGAAAUGAAACAUUAUGGAUGUGUUGUGGAUCUUUUGAGUCGCUCUGGCAAUUUACAGAAGGCAUAUGUGUUCAUCACUAAGAUGCCUGUGCCUCCAGAUGUUGUUGUGUGGAGGAUAUUGCUAAGCGCCUGUCAGCUUCAUGGAAAUAUACCCUUGGCUGAGCUUGCCACAACCAAGCUUCUUGAACUGGAUCCUUCUAAUAGCUGUAACUAUGUGCUCUCCUCUAAUACUUAUGCGGGGUCCAAUAGAUGGGAAGAUGUUAUUAAAAUGAGAGGACUAAUGGAGGAGAGUAAUGUACAGAAACCAUCAGGUAGCAGUUCCAUAGAAAUAAAUGGUUCAACUUCAAACAGUGUAAAAUGACUGUUAUAUAGAAUAAUUCAUUGCUGUAUAAAUUGAUUUCGGCUGUGGAACAGCAUGGUUUAUGGAAGGGAGAUAAACCAAGGGCCUGAAAAUUUGAACCUGACCCUGAUGGCCUUAUCGACUUUGAUUCGUCACAAGUGACUUAUCUCUAAAUCAUAUAAGUUUCCAUCGAGCAAUAUUUUUGACGCGGAACUAGUAGAGUAGAGUUGUUUAUUGUGGAUUCCAGAUCGGGUUGGUAAACAGGAAAAGGCUUGGUGUUGUCUGAAUUGCCUUUAUGUUUUGUGCUGAAACUGGAUUGAUCAGUGGCUAGACAAGAUUGCAAACCAUGUCUCAGCUAUAAGCAAAACUGAGGCAACCAUCCGCUAAUCAAUGAUAAGUAUGCAAAAGGAAUGAGCGGAAGUGAGUGUAGCAGAAGGAAUGCCUAUACGUUUUGGAUGGUCAGCCAUGGGAGAAGCACGAUGAGGCACAUUCUUGCACGUGGAUUUCAAAUGUUUGAUUUAUUUUCUAUUAUUGCAAUUCUAACCCUUUUGCACAUUCUGGAGAUAUUUGAUAGUUCAAGGACUCCAAUUUCAGACCAGAAGCUAUAACCAUUCCACAUAAAAUGGUGAUCUUCUUUUCUUUUUUCAAUUCAACAAGUUGUUUUUAAAUAGCUUCGUUACUGCAAUAUUUGUUUUCAUUUUACCCUGUUCAUAGUCCUUGAAAUUCAUUGAUUGUCUCCCGAAUCUGGUUUGCAGUUUGUGCAGUAAAGGUUGUGAGUGAUGUCUUAAAUUUGUUGGCUACAUGAAUUGUAAGCCAUCUGCAAUACCCAACCUUUGUAGUUUUCUUUUUCAUAUUAAGUUGAUGGGCUAGACGAUUCUGUUGUCAUGUUUCUCCACUUGAUGUACUUAACUUAAAAAGCAUUGCCUGAUACAACUGAUUCAAUAAAUGGUUCAGAUAUUUUCAA